UUAGGGGACCUGGUGGGCCCUUCACCCCCCAGUCUGACCCUGGCCUCAGUCCAUCUUAGAUGAGCUUGGGCCCAAAAAAGGCAGCAUUGGACCAUAUUUAUAUAUGGUUUCUCAGUAGAACUUUAACUUACAUUUGUGGAUGCUGCAACGAAUUGUGUUUACAGACAGUUGCCCCUGUCCCAUGUUAUUUAAAACAUGUUGCCAUGUUGCUGGCAUCAAAUUCAAAACACUGGUGUAACUAUAGAGGAAGCAGACCCUACAGUAGCUGGGGGGAGAGGUGGGAUGGACCGCGGAGUCUGCUUCCUCUGUAGAUUGGAAGUCAAUUUAAAAAAUAGCUUAAAAAAUCCCCCCUCCCCAGCUGCAAUCAGGCCCAGAUUUAUGGCAAGGCGGUGACACGGGCAGGCAGGACACGGGCACUGGGUGGGAUAAAGCACUCAGUGGCUGUGUGCCGGGCCCCUCUGAGGGCCAUUGCAGGGGGGCCCGGUGCUGACUUGUUACACCACUGAUUCAAAGUGAGCAUAUGUUUUCCAGAAAACAGUACAUUUUCAAAACCUGAAAUGUAUUUGUACGUACUUAAAUAUAGUGUAUUUAUUAAAUAUAUUCUCUUUUAAAUUAGAUUUUACACAGUGACCCAACAUUUUUGGAAUGGGGUUGUACUAUUGGUUCCUGUAUCUGGAGGGCAGGUUCUGUUAGGGGACCUCCCCCGAUAUAGAGGGUAAUUGGAUAAGACCAUUCUAGUAUACUUGGCUAUGAUCAUUGUCAAAAUCUGCACCACACUUAAAAUAAUGUUUAAAAUGUACAAAUGGCAAAUAAUAACUUUUUUUUUAAAUCAACCACAAACUAAACAGCAGAAGCAAAUGAAUGUAGUGGACAGUUCAGGGGUUAGCAUUGCUGCCUUUGAGUUCUGGGGUCCUAAGUUCAAUUCCACCUGGAACAUUACCUGUAAAGAGUGGGUAUGUUCUCUCUGUGCCUACAUAGGCUUUCACCCACAUUCCAAAACAUAAAGGCAGGUUAAUUGUCUCCAAAUAAAAUUGGUCUUAGCUAGUUAAUUUAAUAGGUACCUUAGAUGACAGCUUCCAGUGGGGCAAUGAAUAAAGUAUAUUCUCUGUAAGGCACUGCCAAAUAUGUUGAUGCUAAAAAGGAUAUUAUUUGAUUAUUUAUAAUACAAUUGUGUGAACAAUGAGCUGCUGGCACAUAAUUUAUCGUGAAACAUCCCUCAUUGUUUGCCUUCAGCAGUCGGAAUACUGUGUAAAGGUACUGCAAUGAAGGAAAUGAAGGUUUCUUGAAGUGAUGGAGAGUAUCUAUACAGUAAUACCCAAAGAACCUGCAGAAAUUAAUUAUAUUAAGUAUCAGCUUAACCUAUCUAAUGAUAAAUAUUUUAUUAAUAUUUUACUGAGCUGUUCUCUGGAUCAUCCUCCGAUACCUGAUCAGCGCAAAUGCAAGUGGAUCAUUACCCCAUUCACAUCAGCCCCCACCCUUACGCUUUCCUCCUGUCUCCUUGCUACUCAAUCUCCUCCUACCAGAGGGGUCUCAGUUAUAUAAAGUCGUGGGAUCUUAUAAAGGAUCACUCCUGCACCAGUGCUCAUUCCAAGCUGGUAGAGUGGGGCAGCUGAGCAACUCAAUACCUCUAAAUUUCAAAUCCAAAAGGGACACAGAGCCAGCAAAGACCCUUAGGCUGUAAAGAUUUUCCAAGGAGUACGCCAUUGGAGAGAAAGAAGUUCAACUGGGCUGACUGCACAGUUUUUACUGCAACAGAAGAAGGAUGCGAAGAACACUUUGCCUUUUGCUGCUCCAUCUGGGGUUGUGUGUCCAGUGUUACAUCUUGCAUCCAAAUUACAGUUCUAACCAGACACCAGGUGACCUUAAUAUUGAGACUCUUGAGCCCUUGCAGAGCCAAGACUGGACAUCUUUGGAUGAAAAAAAGGAAGAAUAUGUCAGGGGACUGUCUGAAAACAGGGUGGAACGGCAUGUGGAUGCCAUAUUCACUAACACAUAUAGGAAAUUCCUGGGGCAGAUUUCAGCCAGGAGGUACCUGCAGAACAUGAUAGGAAAAACCCUGGGGCAGGAUACGCAGAAAAAGGCAGACCCUGAAGGCGGUGCUCAUAGUGACAGGAUCCAGGGGGAAGAACUGAUCACCCUACUGAGUGACAGCGGGAUUCCAGAUUGGAGGGCAGAAGAGUACCGUGGAACACGGCUAUGAGUAUCCAGGAUGAUCCGUAAUCUAGAUCAACAUCACACGCUCAGUGCAGAACAGGUUAAUUCCGUGCCAACAAAACAGACUGCAAUGGACACAUAUGUGAUAAAGAAUUGGCUGCCAUGAUUUCUGACUUGGUAUUAAAAUAUAGGGUAGUUGUUAUAAUACUGUUCCCUGUUCAGAUGCAAUUGUUUUUGCUUGUAAUGCAGGUGUUUCAAUGGGACAGUUGUACAGUUAUUUCAUAAAAUAAAAGGUUUUAGUGAA